UCCCGAGCAUCAGAUCCAGUUGUCGUUUGGCAGUGGAUGAGCGAAGCAAUGAAGCGGCUAACAUUCGUGACCGGCUGUUUGCUGGCCUUGGCAUUCGCCAAAGCCGGUUCUUAUCAUGAAUUCGAGCUGUACAACGUGCGCCCGGAAACGGCGGAACAGCUGUCGGUGCUGCUCAAGUGGCGCAAUGGGCAGGAGAUUGAGGUGGACUUUUGGGAUGCACCGAAGGUGGGCCGUAGCGCACGCCUCAUGGUGACCAGGGAGGAUCACAAACGGGUGGAAGAGUUCCUGGAGCAGCACGACAUCGAGUACGAUCUGGUGGCGGAGGAUGUGCAGGAGUUGCUGAAUCGCGAGCAGCGGCGUAAUGUGGAGCACGGUCGGCGUGUGAGGCGUGACUCGAAUUCGCGUGCCACUGUUAAUUUCGAGCACUUCUGGACGCUGGACGAGAUCUACGAAUAUCUGGACGAGCUGGCGGUGGCGUACAAUGGGCUGGUGCGCGUCUCGGAGAUCGGUCGUACGCAUGAGGAUCGCCCCAUCAAGGCCAUCACAAUCUCGACCAGGGGUGCAGUCGAUCAGACCCGUCCGAUUGUGUUUAUGGAUGGAGGUAUUCAUGCCAGAGAAUGGGCCGGCGUGAUGUCGGUCAUGUACAUGAUCCACGAGUUUGUGGAACACUCGGACCAGUACGCCGAGCAGCUGUCCAACACGGACUACGUCAUCGUGCCGGUUGCGAACCCGGACGGGUACGUCUACACCCACGAGCAGAACCGUCUGUGGCGCAAGAACCGUUCGCCGGGCAAUGUACUGUGCUACGGCGUGGACCUGAACCGCAACUUCCCCUUCCAGUGGGAUCGUACGACGAGUGAGUGUACGAACAACUUUGCCGGCCAUGCCGCUUCCUCAGAAAACGAAACCAAAGCACUGGUCGGACUGAUGGAUCAGUAUAAGGCCGCCAUUCGCAUGUACCUGGCGGUGCACACGUACGGCGAGAUGAUUCUGUGGCCGUGGGGUUACGAUUUCCUGCACGCCCCGAACGAGGACGAUCUGCAGCGGUUGGGCGAACGGGCACGCGAUGCACUGGUGGCGGCCGGCGGGCCCGAGUACGAGGUGGGCAAUUCGGCCGACAUUCUGUACACGGCUUCCGGGGCGACGGACGACUACGCGUACAGCCUGGGCGUGCCGUACUCGUACACGCUCGAGCUGACGGGCGGCGGAUCGCAAGGGUUCGAUCUGCCCGCGGCCGAGCUGGCGCGCGUUACCUCGCAGACGUUCGAGCUGCUGAAGGUGUUCGGGCAGCAUGCGGGCACACUGUCGGUGACUUCGUAAAGGGAAGGGUGUGUGUGUGUGUGUGUGUGUGCUAAUCAGCCAGAUGUCCGAUGUGCGUUGAUUGAUUAUCAAUUGUACCAGCAAAGUCGUUGCUAUUGAGCAGUCGCAAUAAAUCAACCAUUGUAGCAGUUACGCUAUCGCGCUCUGCUUUGACAUUGCAA